AUGUAUCCUCAAUACCUUACAGUAGACCCAUAUUAUGGAUGCUACAACUGGUCAGAAUAUGGAACAACAACCUCUGAACAUGACCAGUACCAGGUUCCUGAGGGUUUCUCCAUGUAUCCUCAAUAUGAAGGAAAUUACCUGUUUGGAAAGGAGGAAUCCACCAAUAUUGUGACACCAGAAGCAGAGGGUGACUUUGUUAAAAUGGAGGAACCACAAGUAUCCAUCAAUAGUGUAACACCAAAAGAAGAAAAUCCCAACGUGGAAAUGGAGGAACCACAAGAAUCCAAUGAUAGUGUAACACCAGAAGCAGAGGGUGACUUUGGGGAAAAGGAUAAAUCCCAGCCUGAUGCACAAAGUGGAAACCAUCGGACUCCUCGAUCUAAACCCCACCCCGCCUACAAGAGGAUAAACUAUCUCGAGCACCAACUCGAUAUCCUCACAUCCAAACUGCAGAGGAAGAACUAUUUCCUGUCCCAGGAAAAGGAAAGAAGGCUGGAAGCAGAGGAGGACUGCUUCAGCUACGAACUGGAACUCAAACAGCUCAAAAACAGUUUAAAGAACGAGAGUCAGCUUAGAAAAAAAUGGGAGGAAGAGCUCAGAAAGUCUGAAGCAAACUUCAAAGAACUGAGUCAGUCCUCCAAAGUUCUUGAGGAGAAGAUAGAGAAGCUAAACGAGGAACUUAAGGAGAAGAGUUCCUCCAAUGCUGACCUGUUAAUUAAUGCUGUUAUUUCAUUGGUCCUUCCUCUCUGUGAACAGUCCUCGGAGAACAUGAGCGUGUCCAUCACGUUCUUCAGGCUUUUUCGGGUCAUGCGUCUGGUGAAGCUUUUAAAUCGCUCCGAGGGGAUCCGGAACCUUCUCUGGACCUUCAUCAAGUCCCUUCAGGCUCUCCCUUAUGUGGCCCUCCUCAUCCUCAUGCUCUUCUUCAUAUACGCAGUGGUGGGAAUGCAGAUAUUUGGUAAAAUCGCGUUAGUCGAUGGUACGUUCAUCAACAGAAACAACAACUUCCAGACUUUCCCUCAAGCCGUGCUGCUGCUAUUCCGGUAA